AAACCAGAAAACGCGGACUUUUAUGUUCUGCCUUUUUUCCCCUCUUACUUUGAUUUGACCCUAAAAAAUAUCUCUCUGAAAGCACCCUUCCAUGGAGAACGGAUCAUCGGUUCAAGGAUCUCGGGAGCAUCUACUCCAUGUGGAGUCGCGACCAAGCGCGAUCAACAACAAACCGCCAGAGUUUCAAGCAUCACGGUUCACCUUCAUGAGCAUCGUGCUCUGGUUCGACCAAUCGAACCGGGGCACAGCUCUGAUCUCGUGGUCCGUUUUCUUCCUUCUAGUCAUCGGCGCUCCGUUGAUCUCCCACUUCGUCCUCGUCUGCUCCGACUGCGAUUUCCACCACCGACGACCGUACGACGCCGUGGUGCAGCUGUCGCUUUCGCUUUUCGCGGGCAUCUCGUUCGCUAGUCUCUCCUAUUGGUCGAGGAAGUUCGGUAUGCGAAAGUUUCUGUUUCUUGAUAAGCUGUGGGAUGUUAGCGACAAGGUUAGGAUCGAAUACGAAGCUGAAAUUCAGAGAUCAACGAGACGCCUAAUGAUAUUCGUCCUCCCAUCACUAACACUCGAAGCCAUCUACAGAAUCUGGUGGUACAUCUCUGGCUACAACCAGAUCCCUUACUUCAUCAACCCUGUUCUAAGCAACGUCCUCGCCUGCACUCUCCAGCUCUCUUCUUGGCUUUACCGUAACGCCAUCUUCAUCACCGUCUGCAUCCUCUACCAAAUCACAUGUCAUCUCCAGACUCUUCGUCUCAACGACUUCGCACGCUGCUUCUCCUCUGAGAUCGCUGACGUCGGCGUAGCUCUCGCCGAGCAUCAAAAGAUCCGUCGUAACUUGAGGAUCGUUAGUCAUCGGUUCAGGAGAUUCAUUCUCUCUUCUUUGGUUCUUGUUACCGGCACUCAGUUCAUGGCGUUGCUUACCACCACGAGGGCUAGUGUUGCAGUUAAUAUCUAUGAAGUUGGCGAGCUUGCGUUAUGUUCGUUGUGUUUGGUUACAGGAGUAUUCAUAUGUUUGAGAAGUGCAACGAAGAUAACACACAAAGCACAAUCUGUAACCAGCCUUGCAGCUAAAUGGAACGUGUGCGCCACGGUAGACUCGUUCGAUCAUCUUGAUUGCGAAACUCCUACAGGUUCAAUGGUUGAGUCCCAAAUUAGACCGUUGCAUCUUGAUACAACAUCUGACGAUGAAGAAGGAGAAGGAGACGAUGAUCUUGCUAAUACCAAGAUACAUCCCAGCUACGCCAAUACCAUUUCUUAUCAAAAACGUCAAGCCCUAGUGACAUAUCUAGAGAACAACAAAGCUGGGAUCACAGUGUAUGGAUUCCUUGUGGAUAGAUCAUGGUUACAUACGAUUUUCGGCGUUGAACUUGCUCUUCUUCUAUGGUUACUCAAUAAAACAAUCGUGAACCUACCAUGAGUAACACUAUAAAUAUAAUGAUUGAAUGGUUUUUGGCAUGAUGUAUGUGACGGAGAACGUUAGAGAUUUAUUAUGGGGAUGCAUGGUGAUAAAUCUCUCUUCCUUCUGUUUUGUUUGAUUACAUGUAAGGGGAUAUGACAAACUAUUCAAAAAUGAUACAAAACAUGUACGUUAUUGUAUCAGAUAUCUAUCUAUUUGUAUCUUUUUUUGUCUGAUUCGUUUUGAGUCCAAGAGUCGAUACAUUUGAUGAAAAGAUUCCUUCCAGACAA